GUCGCUGCGGCUCAAUCUGCGGCUCCCUGGUCCCUGCAAAGUUCACCCAGUAGGACUUUUCCUGUAGACACGCACGCAGUCAUGUCAAAGACAAAGGAUAUGAGUUCCUCCUUCAUCCACACCCAGCAGAUGCACGCUGCCAUGGCUGACACCAUGAUGGAGCACAUGUGCCUGCUGGACAUCGACUCUGAACCUGCUGUGUCUCGCAACACUGGCAUCGUCUGCACAAUCGGACCUGCUUCCCGAUCUGUGGACAUGGCCAAGGAGAUGAUCAAGACUGGGAUGAACAUUGCAAGAAUGAACUUCUCCCAUGGCACACAUGAAUAUCACGCUGAAACCAUCAAGAAUGUCCGUGAUGCAACCGAGAGCUUCGGCCCUGGCACUGUUGAGUACAGACCAGUGGCCAUCGCUCUGGACACCAAAGGACCAGAAAUCAGGACUGGACUGAUCAAGGGCAGUGGCACCGCUGAGGUGGAGCUGAAGAAGGGUGAAACCAUUAAGCUCACACUGGACGACCAGUACAAGGAGAACUGUGAUGAGAAAAUCCUGUGGCUCGACUACAAAAACAUCACCAAGGUUGUGCAGACUGGAAGCCACAUCUACGUUGAUGACGGUCUGAUUUCCUUGAAGGUUAAAGAAAUUGGUAACGACUACCUGAUGUGUGAGAUUGAGAACGGUGGUAUGUUGGGCAGCAAGAAGGGCGUCAACCUGCCCGGAGCUGCUGUCGACCUCCCCGCUCUCUCUGAGAAGGACCUUCAGGACCUGCAGUUUGGUGUGGAGCAGGGUGUUGACAUGGUCUUCGCUUCCUUCAUCCGCAAGGCCGCUGAUGUUGAAGCCGUCAGGAAGGCACUGGGAGAGAAGGGCAAAGAAAUCAAGAUCAUUAGCAAGCUGGAGAACCAUGAGGGUGUGCGCAGAUUCGAUGAGAUCCUGGAGGCCAGUGAUGGCAUCAUGGUGGCCCGUGGAGAUCUGGGCAUUGAAAUCCCAACAGAGAAGGUCUUCCUUGCUCAGAAGAUGAUGACUGCCAGGUGCCAAAGAGUUGGCAAACCCAUCAUCUGUGCCACACAGAUGCUGGAGAGCAUGACCAAGAAGCCCCGCCCCACUCGCGCUGAAGCCAGUGAUGUCGCCAAUGCCGUGCUUGAUGGCAAUGACUGCAUCAUGCUGAGCGGUGAGACCGCUAAGGGAGACUACCCCCUGGAGGCAGUCCGCACACAGCACAUGAUUGCCCGUGAAGCCGAGGCCGCCAUGUUCCACAGGCAGAUGUUCGAGGAGCUGCGUCGCACCUCUCACCUGACCCGUGACCCCACAGAGUCUGUGGCCAUCGGCGCUGUUGAGGCUUCCUUCAAGUGCUGCGCCAGCGCCAUCAUCGUGCUUACCAAGUCUGGCAGGUCUGCACACAUGCUGUCGAGGUACAGGCCCCGCGCCCCCAUCAUCGCUGUGACCCGCUGUGGUCAGACUGCCCGCCAGGCCCACCUGUACCGUGGCGUCUACCCCGUUCUCUACACCAAACCUGCCAACGACGUCUGGGCCGAGGACGUCGACUUGCGCGUGAACUUCGCCCUGGAAGUUGGCAAGUACCGCAAGUUCUUCAAGUCUGGUGACGUGGCCAUCGUUGUGACUGGCUGGCGCCCAGGCUCUGGCUACACCAACACCAUGAGAGUUGUGUUGGUACCUUGAACGCCAUCAAAAGACUUUAGUUACCUCUCCCGCUCCCAUCCCCAAAAAUCCUCCUCCCCUGGAUGUCCUCUCUGUUGGCAUUCAUAACAAACGCAAAGUCUUUUGAUGUCAUUCAGUAACUAAAUGAUUCCUGUCAUUUGUGUAAUAUAUUGUCUAAAUCCUGCUUCUGGGGACUGACUGCGCUGUCAAAUGAACUCAGUCAGCCGGUUCCUUCAUUUUCGGUUCCUAUAUUACUGACAUAUCAGGGACAAACAUGGGCAGAUAUGUCUUGUGUUUGAUAAAGGCUGGUAAAAGUUCUGUUAUGAAUUGUCAAGCAUGACUGGGUUUCCAUCCAUUAAAAGAAAUUCCUUGUUACA